GGGCAUAACUUUCCUCUCAAAUAGAAUCUCUCUCUCUCUCUCUCUCAACAUUACACAUUUCUAUCGUCUUCAAAAUAACAGAAUAAUGGAUGCGUUAACUCAAUAUCUUCUUUGGUCGGCCUUCUUCGCAGCUCUCACCAUACUUUUUUUAAGACGUCGAUCAUCGAAGGAUUUACCACUUCCUCCCGGGCCAAGGCCGCUCCCGGUGUUGGGCAACCUUCUCGAGCUAGGCCAAAAUCCCCACCGCUCCUUGGCCCGUCUUGCCCGAAUUCAUGGACCAGUCAUGUCUCUCAAAAUUGGCAGCAUCCACACAAUCGUCAUCUCCUCACCAAGCUCCGCAAAAGAAGUCCUUAAAACAAAAGAGCACUCCAUCUCCGGCCGACAAGUCUCCGAUGUUGUUCAAUCCCUCCGCCACCAUGAGGUCUCGAUGGUAUGGUCGUCUCAAAACCAAUCAUGGAGGCAUCUCCGCACUCUCGCCAAGACCCAUCUUUUCAACUCACAGUCUCUCGAUGCAACCCAACCGCUUCGCCGGCGAAAGAUUCAUGAACUUGUGGCAUACAUAAGGGGGAAGAAUGGCGAGGCUGUUCAAAUUGCACUGGCGGCGUUCUCCACCGUGCUCAAUCUAAUAUCAACCACCUUCUUAUCUAUUGAUAUGAUAGAUUUAAAAUCUGAAUCAGCACAAGAGCUAAAGGAUUUGAUCUGGGGGCUAAUGGAAGAGGCCGGAAAACCGAACCUCUCCGACUUCUUCCCUUACUUAGCUCCAAUGGAUCUUCAAGGCCAAAGACGCCGCUCUGCGGUUUACUAUAACAAGUUAUAUGAUUUUUUGAAUAAAAUGGUAGAAAAUCGAUUGACAACCACGGCCGAAGAAGGUAGAAGAUCUAAUCGGGAUAUUUUGGAUGUGCUUCUUCAACUAAGUCAAGAAGAUAACUCCAAGCUUAGCAGGCGAAUGAUAAAAUGCUUUCUUUUGGACUCUUUUGUUGCUGGAAGUGAAACGAGCUCGACCACACUGGAGUGGGCGAUGGCAGAAUUGCUUCGCAGGCCAGAACUGAUGAAGAGGGCUAGAGAAGAGAUCAUUACUGUCGUCGGGUUCGAGGGAGAAAUUGAAGAGUCGGAUAUCUCAAAACUCCCGCUCCUCCAAGCAAUCCUGAAGGAGACACUCCGGCUUCAUCCACCGGCUCCACUUCUACUGCCUCAUAAAGCAGAGGAAAGCACGGAGAUAAAUGGCUACAAAGUCCCGAAGAACACUCAGGUGCUGGUAAAUGUGUGGGCCAUAGGUCGAGAUGAGCAGGUUUGGGAGAAGCCGGACUGCUUUAUGCCUGAGAGGUUUAUGGAAGCCGGAAGCAACAUAGAUUUUCGAGGGCAGCACUUUGAGCUAAUACCAUUUGGUUCGGGACGGCGAAUCUGUCCUGGAUUGCCUUUGGGCGUUCGGAUGGUUCAGCUCAUGCUGGCCUCACUCAUUCAAUCCUUUGAAUGGAGUUUGCCGGACGGAAUGAAGCCGAAGGAUUUGAAUCUCGACGAGCAGUUUGGUCUCACACUUUCCUUGGCUUCUCCACUCAAGGCUUUGGCUACUCCUGUCAGGAAAAUGCUGUCGCAUUGCGGGAGCGGAAGCGGAGCCAAGGCACAGUUGAGUGGGUCGCUUGGCCUAGGCUUAGCAACCGUGAAUCUCUCUCUCUCUCUCUCUCUCUCUCUCUCUAUCAGCCUUACACAUUUCUCUGGUCUUCAAAUUAACAGAACAAUGGAUGCGUUAACUCAAUAUCUUCUUUGGUCGGCCUUCUUCGCAGCUCUCACCAUAAUUUUUCUAAGACGUCGAUCGACGACAGAGUUAAAUCUUCCUCCAGGGCCAAGAUCGCUUCCUAUGUUGGGCAACCUACUCGAGCUAGGCCAAAAUCCCCACCGCUCUCUGGCCCGCCUUGCCCGAACUCAUGGACCAGUCAUGUCUCUCAAGCUUGGCAGCAUCCACACAGUCGUCAUCUCCUCACCAAGCUCCGCAAAAGAAAUCCUAAAAACAAAAGAGCACUCCAUCUCCGGCCGACAAGUCCCUCAGGCCAUUCAAGCCUCCGGCCACCACCAGGUCUCUGUAGUAUGGUUGUCUCGAAACCAAUCAUGGAGAUACCUCCACACCCUCAUGAAGACCCAUCUAUUCAACGCGCAGUCUCUCAACGCCACCGAGGAGCUUCGCCGGCAAAAGGUUCAAGAACUUGUCGCAUAUAUCAAGGGGAAGAAUGAGGAGGCCGUGCACAUUGCCCGGGCGGCGUUUUGCACUGUGCUCAAUCUGAUAUCAACCACCUUUUUGUCGAUUGAUAUCGUAGAUUUGAAAUCUGAAUCAGCUCAAGAGUUGAAGGAUGUGAUGCAGGGGAUAAUGGAAGAGGCGGGGAAACCGAACAUCUCUGACUACUUCACUUUCUUGGCUCCAAUUGACUUGCAAGGCCGGGGACGUCGAUUUACAGCAUACUUUAAUAAAUUAUAUGAUUUUUUCGAUCAAAUGAUAGAAAACCGAUUGGCAGAUACAACUGGAGAAGUUAUAAGGACUAAUCCUGACAUUUUGGAUCUGCUUCUACAACUAAGUCGAGAAGACAAUUCAAAGCUUACUAGACGAACCAUAAAAUCCUUCUUGUUGGACGCUUUUGUCGCUGGAAGCGAAACGAGCUCGACCACACUGGAGUCGGCGAUGGCAGAAUUGCUUCGCAGGCCAGAACUGAUGAAGAGGGCUAGAGAAGAGAUCAUUACUGUAGUCGGGUUCGAGAGAGAAAUUGAAGAGUCUGAUAUCUCAAAACUACCGCUCCUCCAAGCAAUUCUGAAGGAGACACUCCGGCUUCAUCCACCGGUUCCACUUCUACUACCUCAUAAAGCAGAGGUAAGCACGGAGAUAAAUGGCUACUUGGUCCCGAAGAACACUCAGGUGCUCGUAAAUGUGUGGGCGAUAGGUCGAGAUGAGCAGGUUUGGGAGAAGCCGGACUGCUUUAUGCCUGAGAGGUUUAUGGAAGGAAGCAACAUAGAUUUUCGAGGGCAGCACUUUGAGCUAAUACCAUUUGGUUCAGGACGGCGAAUCUGUCCUGGACUGCCUUUGGGCGUUCGGAUGGUUCAGCUCAUGCUGGCCUCACUCAUUCAAUCCUUUGAAUGGAGUUUGCCGGACGGAAUGAAGCCGAAGGAUUUGAAUCUCGACGAGCAGUUUGGUCUCACACUUUCCUUGGCUUCUCCCCUGAAGGCUUUGGCUACUCCUGUCAGGAAAAUGCGGUAGUUAACUUAAUCUCAGCCUUGCAUAUCAGGGCUUGUAAUAUCUAAGCUUCCUUGAAUGGCUGUAUCAUCACUAGCUUGUAAUAUCUAAGCUUCCUUCAAUUAUUACAACGUCAUUAAAGUGACGUUGAGCUCAAUAUCAAACAUUAUAAUUUUUAUAUGAAAUGCUCCUAUUGAUUAAAGUA